AUGGCACAUUCCCACACAGAAACCCACGUGGAAUUAUCUGUGUUGGGCGAUAUAUGUCAGGUGGAUGGAGCCUGCAAGGAAAUAGAGUGUAGAGCUGGUCUAGGAUGGUACUACUUUAACACGAAUAUCCCUGAGAAGCUCAUGGGAGGGUGCAAUCUGAGGAGGGGGAUAUCACCUCUUCAGGCAGAGCUGGAAGCUCUCAUCUGGGCUAUGCAAUGUAUGUUAAGGACGGGAAAAUUAACGAUGGUGUUUCAGACGAACUGUUCCGAUGUGAUACCAAGGACGGAAAACACGAAGGCAGACAAGUUAGCACGGAGUGCUCGAGCUCUACCUACUGAUGUGUACUAUGUAAACUCUGUUUCACCAGUUUGGAUUUCCGAGCUGUUUUAG